AUGGGGCUUCCUGUGUUCAAGCUGGGUAUUCAGGACUAUUUCGGGCCAAUUUGUGCGUUUUGCUGGUUUCUCGGUGGACUGUGGCUUAUCGCCAUCUCGGUCAUACGACCCUUCUACAUAUCCGGCGACGACCUCCGACCCGUUCGGCCGUUCUAUUUUGGAAAGAAGAAAAAGGUAUGUUGUUGAUGAAACUUGGUGGGAAGAAGUGAAAUUUUAUGAAAUUGGAUGAAAUUUUGAUGAAAUUUUUUCAAAAUUUGUUGAAAUUUCGAUGAAAAACAUAAAAUUUUUGAAAUCGGCAAAGAAAUUGUGAUUGAAAUUUAAAAUUUGAAAAGAUAUUUAUACCUAUGAUAACAAGGAAAGUACCCUACUUGCCCAGCUCAGAAUUAGCUCUAAAUUUUCAUAUGAGUUUUUUGUAUUACCAAUAGUACCCAUAAAGUAUUUUAGAUAGCACUUUUUAAAUUAAAAACUUAAAUAUUUUAAUUUUUCCUCAAUUUGGCAUUGUGUUUCAAGCACUUUUUUUGACUUCCAAGACAAGCUACGCUUAUAAAUUAAAAAAUGUAGGUUUAUUUAAAGGUUUUCUAUUAAUAUAUCAAAAAAAAAUCAUUAAAAGUCAAAAAAUGGCAAAGUUAUAAGCUUGAAACACAAUGCCAAGUUGGCGGAAAAUUCAAAACGUGAUUUUUUGAUUUCGAUCUUUCGAGUUUCGCUGGAAAGCGCGAUUUAGUAUUUUGCUGAAGAACUUAUAUUUACAUGAUCUUUCUAUGUAAAAGUUUGAACUCAAUCAGAGCGGGGCAGGUCGGGCACUUUUUUUAUAAGAUUUUUAAAAAAUUGACGGUUAAAAUGAGUUUUUUCUGAAAUAAUGGAUGAAGCUUCAAGCUCUAUUUUUUUAAUUUUUGAAACAUUUUUUACCUAAAAUAAGAUUUUUUUUAAUUUUUAAUAAAAGUUGUUACCUAAAAUGUUACUUUUUCAAAGUUUAAAAAACAAAUUUAAAUUUCUCGUCUUACUCUACUUUUUUCAUAAUAACACCAUAAACCGACCUUAAUUUACAUUUUUUAGGCUAAAAAAGAAAAGACUAAAGGGAGCACGAAAGCAAAAUCCAAGUCAGCUAAAAAGGACGACAAAGCCAAGUCAACCAAAUCGAAGAAGUCAAAGAAAAAGACGGAAGAUUCGAAGGAGGGAAGCUUCAAAGAAGUUUCAGCGGCCGAUGAAGCUGGUGGUGGAAAAACAGAAGAAGAAGCUAAACCUGUCUGA